CCCUGCUGAAUGCAAUUGGUGAAUUGGUAUGAGACUUUGUCUUGUCUUGAAACUAUGAUAGGUAUGAUACGGGCUCGUUGAGCCGACAUCGCUUAUACCUAUGAUUUCGGCGCAGGAAUAAAAUCCAUAAUCUUCUGCUUUCCACAUCGAAGGAUUUUUUUCUUAAUGUGUUCUUUACUGGUUACAGCCAUACGCACGCAGCCAGUUGUUACCAUUUGCGGAAGUUUUGCUGGAUGUCACUGGAUUUUUAAAAAUCGAUUUCGACCCUGAAUGACAAAAGAUGGUGUUGUGCACUGUAUUUCGGUUCGCAGGCUAAGAUCUGUCUGCGGAGUCCAUUGGUGGAGAGACGUCACGUGACCAAGGCUGCCAAUGUUACAUUACAAGGGGUGUCAGUACCCUGUCAGUUUCAGAAAUAAAUACUGGGAAACAGCGAAAUGCAAAAGGCGACCUUUCACGACAGCUCGGCAAUAUACAGUGGCUAUCCGUAUCAUGGAGCAAACAGCUUCAGUGAUCAUGCCAAUCAACAGCGUUACCCUCCCUCUCAACUGCAAAACAAUCAUCUUCGGGCCGCCUGCGCUCUUCAGUCGUCCAGCACCUCGGCCCCCCUCACAGAGGCCCGGGAAACCCCUCAGGGUUGCCUGCAAAAUAGUGCUCCCCAGGCCAGCCGCUCCCUGGACAUCCCCAACUGUCUCCAACCACUGACCCUGGUGGCGGUACCACCGCCACAGUCCCCUGUCGCUCUUUCACCUACCCAAGCGCCGAAUCAAUCCAGCACAAAAAACACCCCACACAGCCUGCCAACUGAUGCCUCCAGCAAACAGAUCUUCCCAUGGAUGAAGGAGACGCGUCAGAACUCCAGACAGAAAAACGAUAGUUCCAGUUCAGGAGAGAGUGGUGUGGGAGACGGGAGUCCACCAGAAUCCGCCGCCUCAAAGAGAGCUCGAACAGCUUACACGAGCGCGCAGCUUGUGGAGCUGGAGAAGGAGUUUCACUUCAACCGUUACCUUUGCCGGCCUCGGAGGGUUGAAAUGGCCAAUUUGCUAAACCUUACGGAGAGACAAAUAAAAAUCUGGUUUCAGAACCGCAGGAUGAAGUACAAAAAGGAUAAAAACGGGCGAGGAGCGGUGUCGACCUCUGGAGGUCAGUCUCCGCGAAGCCCCGUGGCCCAGUGUUCGGCGGGAGGAUACCUCGAUUCUAUGCAUUCGCUCGUCAACUGUUUACAUUAUGAGCCGCAUUCGCCCAGGCCUGCGCCUUCCAGUCGACUUCAGCAAAAUGAAUAUAGUCUGUCAACGUCAUAUCCGGUGCCUAUGAGCCGCUCCCCGCACGACUGUGCGCCUCCUCAGAAGGGAUGUGCGGUGACUGGCUCGGUCACUCCCGAGCAAGACGCGCACCCCCUUCAAGUCAACGGGAACUAUGGGAUGCAUAUGCAAAGCAGACCAUUGUAUGUCACGGGAGGCUAUGUAGAUUCGGCAGCUAACUCCAGGCCUUCGAUUUUUGGCCUGACUCAUACUGCUCAUUCGUCGUCAUCGAACAUGGACUACAAUGGCUCGAGCGUAAUGAGCAGUUUCCAACACCAUGGACCGUGCGACCCGCAACCCACAUAUGCAGAACUUACUCCACAUUACUCUCCGGAAAGAAUUCAGGAAGCACCCAGGCUGACGCAUCUGUAACUUUUCUGUCAGCCGUGGUGAAAUGCCCUCAUUCCGUCCAUUCUCCUGCCUCUUCAAUGUUCUCACUUAAUUUUGUAGGUGACUUUGUGAUGUACGAGCAAUUGUUAUAUCUGGGGUCUC